UAUGCCUAGAGAGCUGUGAAGUAAAUUCCUUGAAACAUGAAAGUGUGCGUAAGUCUUGGGCUUUGUCUUGCAGGGUUUGCCUACCCCACCCGCCUGUUUGAAGCGUGGUGGGGUUUUACCUUGUUAGCUAGUGCUGAGGUCAACAGUGAAAUACUGCGGUGGUGGAGGUUCUGCUAUGUACAUUCCUACACCAAGAAGAAUUACACGAUGUAUUGGAACGACGACGUCAUCCGAGGCGCCGCGGCGCGGGGCCCCGCGGCGCUGAGCGGCGGCGGGAUCUUCGUGGUUGGCCAGGACCAGGACAUUCUGGGCGGCGGGUUUGCCUUCUCGCAAAGCCUCAACGCCGUGGUCGGAGACUUUCGCUUCUACUCACGUGCGUUGACGGAGCAAGAAGCCCUCAACUACACCAUGUGUCACCCGUCCAGCCUGGACCCACAGCCAAUCUUGGAUUUCAAGGAGUUGGAUCGAAACUGGAGGCUGGACGGCUCCGUGGAGGUCGGGGUCGUGGACAUGUCGGAGGUGUGUCGAGAAGAAUCGGUCUUCUUCCUCACGUUCCCGGAAAAGAGGACCAUCUAUAAGUCUGCCUCCUUUUGUGAGGUCAUCGGGGGAAGCCUAGCCGCGCCUGCUACACCCAGGGAAAACCAGCUCAUCCUCUCCGCCGUGAGGCCCUACAGGCAGCAGUGCCUUGAUGCCAGCGGCGUGGUGGUGCAGCUGGGGUACAAGGCGGACCUAGACAAGCGUGUCGUCACCUACUUCAACAACGAGUCCAUUCCUCGGUUCAUAAACAUGUCUGCUGGCUCCUUCAACCAUGGCUACCGCUGCCUGGGCUUUCACAUGACGACGGGGCUGGAGGGCGCCUGGCUACAGAUACGCUGCAAGGACCAAAUCUGUACCCUGUGUGCCUUCCGUGCCAUCAGUCACCUCAAGGUAACACUUACCACUCUGGUGUGUCUGCGAGGCCUGUGCGCGGUGUCCCUCUUCGACACGACCUACCUGGUGGUGCCGGGCGCGGCGGGCGACAAGGCUCUCCUGAAGGGCCACGACUACUCCCUCAUGCGGUGGGCCGGCGACACGUGGCUCCUCGUCUACCUACCUGACGGAGGGGCCGCGCGUGCCACCAUGGUUCGGACCUUCCCCGACCAGUACCCGGUGGGGCGGCGCGAGUGGAAGGUGGAGGGGGACCGCUGCCCACCUCCCAGGGGCACCGCCUAUACUCCCCUUGUCCUCACGUCCUGCCAGGCCGGCCAGUUCACGUGCGACGAUGGUUCCUGCGUCAACAUCUCUCAGCGCUGUGACCUCCUCACCGACUGCCCUGACCUUAGCGACGAGGUGGACUGCCACAUCGUGCAGGACUCUGAAUCGUACAUGUCCGAGCUCCCGCCGCCGCUGCGUGAUGGCUCGCCCGUCCCCGUGUCCCUCGUGGCGAACAUCACCUCAAUGGGCGACUUCUCCCUCCUCGACCUCAGGAUCUCCUUCGACCUCAUCCUUAUCUUCACGUGGAGGGACUCGAGGCUCACCUUCGCGCACCUCAAGGUAGAAAUGGGACUCUUUAACACACACACACACACACACACACACACAAUACAAACAACAUGGCUGGCUUUGGAGAAGUAUUCAUCGAAAUACGGGUCCAGCUGGUUUAAUUCAACUCUCCCGCAGGAAAACCCAGACCUCAACCGCGUGCGGAAGACGGCUCGUGUGUGGCGGCCUGAGGUGUUCCUUGAGGACGGCUCCGGCAGCAGAGUCGAGCUGGGGGUGCACGACACGCGGGUCAUUGUGCGGCGCAUGUCACAGCCGCUGUCCAACCAAAUGACGCAGCUCAAGGAGGACGAGCACUUCGAAGGGGCGAUGAACGACCUGAUGGAGCGGCGUACCCUCACCGUGCGUUCAGCGUGUCAGUUCGACCUGUCCAUGUACCCCUUCGAUGUGCAGGCGUGCCAGGUGGUGGUGCGCUCCAUGCUGGGCACCCGCAGCCUGAGACUCCACUCUGAGGGCGUGCACUUCCUGGGCAAUAGGCGCCUGCUGGAGUACUACGUGACGGAGGUGCAGGCGGAGGGCGGCCAGAGGGAGGGGCUGUCACACGUCGUCCUCCACUUCACCUUCUAUAACCUCUACAAGUACUACAUCUGCGGCACGUACGUGCCCACCACCCUGCUCCUGGCCAUCACGCACCUCACCUUCUUCUUCGCGCUGGACGACUUCACCAACCGCGUCAUGGUGUCCCUCACGGCCCUCAUGGUGAUGUCCACACUCUUCCUGCAGACCAACCAAGCUAUGCCCAGGACCGCGUAUCUCAAGCUGGUGGACAUUUGGUUCGUGUUCUGCAUCGUAAUGAACUUCUUGGUCGUGCUCCUGCUGGUGGUAAUCGAGUUCCUAAAGGAGGCGGCACGAGCGAAAAAGGUGGCGCCCGUCAGGAUGGUCAUCGGGAAGGGCAAGACAGCCUCCUUCUGCGCUGCCUACCAGAUGCCGCCGAACCUGCCGCUUCUCCUCAAUGACGUUGGACGGAUCGGCAUUCCUGUUGUGUACUUCACCUUCGUCCUCGUCUACUUCGGCUACACCAUCACCAACAGGCAGGUGAUGUGAGGCGUCGAGGGGUGUGGGGAAUCGCUUGCGUCGUCCCGAGUGAAGGGAGCUUAAUAUUAAGUAUGUUAGUUUUAUGCUCGGCACUCUGGAACUCGAACACAGGCCCGUAGAUUCGUAGCGAGGCGUUCUUACCAUCUCGCCACGGAGGAGAAUGAGAAAAAAAGAAAGGUAAAAAGAAAGAGAAGGAAAAGGAAAAUAUGAAGAAAAAGAAGAAAAAGAAGUAGAUCUCUGACGAUAUUGUGUUGUUGAAUGUAAGAAUAUAACGCGCGAUUGAUUACUGUAACAACCUGUCCUUCUAGCAUAUCACUUGUGUGCGAUGUAUACUUGAGAGCUACAGUUAGUUUACAUUUAAUUGCCUCUGGUGUUUCUAGUGUGAAGUUUACGUCACGAAAAAUAUUUAUUAUAACCAAAUCGCUAAAUGUACUUGAAUGUUUAUCACGAUAUAGUCUAUUCUGCCUGAGGUGAGAACACGUCAAGGAGGGCAUGGCUGCUCUGGUGAUUGGCUGACAGCUGAUCCGAUGGGGGUUGGGCAAAAUGUGGCUUCAGGUAGAGUCAGGAAGGAGGGUAGCGGGCGGGGGCUUCUUCUUUGAUGCAUAAUCACCUUUUUUGGAAUAGAGUAUACUGUGUAGAGGUAGGUAUUACACGACCAAAGUAGACUUUCCACCCGCCAUGUAUA